AGUUGAACGAGCUCUCACAGCUCGGUAUUUGACCAACGCAGUGAGCUCGCUCUUGUGCAAGUCAAACUUACUACUUGUCAUUUUCCUAGCACUUCUGAUCCUUUUUUGUUUUUGCUUUUAAGAUGCCUCUUAAAUUCGAGCUGUGUCCCGGUCGCAUGAUCGGAGGAAACAACCCUUGUUUCAUUAUUGCAGAAAUCGGACAGAAUCAUCAAGGAGACAUUGAAAUCGCCAAGAAAAUGAUUAAGAUGGCAAAGGACUGUGGGGCAGACUGUGCCAAGUUUCAAAAGAGCGAACUGGAGUACAAGUUCAACAAGAAAGCCUUGGAGCGACCAUACACCUCCAAACACUCCUGGGGAAAAACUUACGGAGAGCACAAGCGCCAUCUAGAGUUCAGCCAUGAGCAGUACAGAGAGCUGCAGCAGUACGCCAAAGAAGUGGACAUCUUCUUCACUGCGUCAGGAAUGGACGAGAUGGCUGUAGAAUUCCUCGAUGAGCUUAAUGUGCCUUUCUUCAAAGUCGGAUCCGGAGACACCAACAACUUCCCCUACCUCAAGAAAACGGCCCAAAAAGGACGUCCCAUGGUAGUGUCGAGCGGGAUGCAGUCAAUGGAGACGAUGCGACGUGUUUACGAAACCGUGAAGGAACACAACCAAAACUUCUGCAUCCUGCAGUGCACGAGUGCAUAUCCACUAGAUCCGGAGGACGUCAACCUGCGAGUUAUCACAGAAUACCAAAAGGAAUUCCCAGACAUUCCCAUUGGUUACUCUGGCCAUGAAAGUGGGAUCAGCAUUACUGUGGGGGCAGUUGCACUAGGAGCAAAGGUCGUGGAGCGCCACGUGACCUUGGACAACACCUGGAAGGGCAGUGAUCAUGCAGCAUCUCUGGAGCCCGCAGAGCUGGCGGAGUUGGUGCGAUCCAUCCGCACGGUGGAGAGAGCUUUGGGCAGCGGAGUGAAACGCAUGCUGCGCUGCGAGGUGGCCUGCCAUGAUAAGCUGGGAAAAUCUGUGGUGGCAAAGAUAGCCAUCCCGAAGGGUACAGAACUAACCCUUGACAUGCUGACUGUGAAAGUAGCAGAACCGAAGGGUGUAGCUCCAGAAGACAUCUUCCAGCUGGUGGGGAAAAAAGUGACUACUGAUAUUGAGGAGGAUGAGAGUGUCACUAAGGAUGCAGUCGACAACUAUAGCAAGAAAGCCAAAGCUUGAGGAACACUGAGUGUCUCUCUUCAACAUGGGAUUCUGACUGGAAGCAAAAUAUGCAUUAUUCCAGAUCCACAGUUAUAAAGUCACUACAUUUUGUCUGUCUGGCAGAAAAAUACAAAUGCAUCAAAACAAAACAACAAAUGCUGUUUUUAUCAUCAGACCUGUUCAUGCUGUUGUAUGGGUUAUCAUUUGCCAAAUGCUGUUGAAUAAAUAAUGGGAAUGAAAGCAAA